GUGCUUGAAUAUGACAAAAGCAGCUCUCCUCAAGUUAUUAGUGGUGAUUAUGAUCAUGUUUAUUUUAAUUUUGCCAGAUUAUUUCAAGACAUCCAAAGGAAAUAUUGCGGAACUAUCCUGUCUUGACAUUAGUUCACUAAAUAAUUUCACUUAUCCACUUCCUGAAUUCAAUAUUUCUUUUGUGAGCUUCCUGCAACAAGGAAGGGAACAUGAGGUUAUUGUUCUGGGAAUCUCUGCAAAGCACUUCCACUUUCAUAAUAUGUCUAAUGUCUGUCCGCUAACCUCUGGUGAAUUACAGCUGUAUUCUUCAUGUUUGUUAUGCGAAUCCAAAGGAACUGUGGAUUUUAUUCAUCAGGAAUUAACAACAAGAGGUAACAACAGACUGAAAGAAGUAUGGAAAAUGGAAAGACAAGUGAUGGAUGCAUCUAUAAUGAAUGACUCACUGGAAAUGAAAGCUGAGAAUUUUCCUCUACUUCAUGUACUUUUCAACUUCACCGUGGUUCCUGUUGUUGAAGCCCUGGGAGGACACGAUACCACCUGUGUACUAAAACUCCACCUUAGAAACUCAGCUUCCAGGAAAGACCCACUGAAGACAACUUUGCUAAAUGGCUCUCACAGAAGUGUGGAAAGCCUGAACAGCUGCAAUCAGGUCUCUCUGCAACUUGAAAUGGAGACAGGAAAUUCUACUUGUACCAUGAGGAUCACCUGGUAUGUUUUAAUUUUAUUAGUUUUCAUAUUUCUGGUCAUCUGCAGUGUCUACAAAAUAUUCCAAGAAAAUAGAAGAAUUCAGACUUGGCCGAAUUAUACUUCCUUCCACUACUCUCAUUAUACCACUCCCACUCUCCCAAAAGAAAAUGAUUCUGAGAUAUUGAGAGGAGUGUUAAACAUCCAUGUUGUUUCAGGAGCAGCCAAGCAGAGGAGUCCCUCCACUUUCUCAGGGGCAAAAGAACGACUUCCUCCCAUAUCAGAACUAGAACAUUGUUUCUACAGUGAAUCAGAAAGAUAAAUUUACACGGUUAACCUUUUGAGGAAAUCAAGGGAGUAGACUGGCUGCUCUGGAAAAUACCUGUAUUUUUUCUUUGUUGGAGAAUAUGGAUCUUGCAAAUAGAUUCUAUCUUGUUUAGAAUAUGCAGGAAAGCAAUUAAGGAGCUGACGGAACGGUUGAAAAGAAAUAUCUAAAGGAAAACUUUUGAUCCUUGGGAAGAAGGGAGUAGAUAUUUCAGCAGUGAGCCAAGUCGUGGAAAAGCUGAUGAAAUACAGGGAAUGAUGACAGCAUUUUUAUUAUCUUCAUUUAUUAAUCAGAGCCCAGCUGAUGAUGACCUGAAGAUUUCAACUUUGAAGAAGUAGAGAUUUAACUGAUAACAUUUCAAGAAAGAUUCAUGAUUCUGAGCUUUGCUUCUUCCCAUGAUCCCAUGGUACUAAUUUGUUGGUCUUCAAGGGCAAUGCAAAUGCUUACUUCUGUGUUUAGGUUUCUGCAGACUGAUGGAAUGGAAUUGUUCCUACUUGGUGAAUUAUUUAUGGACUCAUCUGUUGUUUAUUUGUAAAUCUAUUUGCAUUUGUAAAUCUCAUCAAUUUGCCUAGAUUCCUUUUGGGCACUGGGGAUAUUUAAAAAACCCAAAGAUGCCUACCAAAAAUAAAUUUAAAUAAAAUAGUUUAACACUGGACUCAACUUCUAUUCCUGGCAAAA